AGAACGUCAAGCUUUGGUCAUUGUGAUUUCCGACAAAACGCACAGUGAUUCUCAAUACACAACUUUUAGUGGCCAAAAUUUUGCUGGAAUAUGAGACUCUUCACGGAGUUAGCAAAAUGAUUGCUUCCCUAACGGCUGUAUUGCUCUACGUACUGGCCCUAGUCGCUAGCGUUCAGAGUGAGCUCUUUUUACCAGACCAGCAGCAACGUCCUCUACUUGCACAGAACAAACGACAUUUCAAUUCUUCUCGUUUCGAUAAAAUCGUCGAUAACUUCGUCAAAGAACGUUCUAUUACUGGGCUCAGCAUCGCACUCACUUACGAUGACCGCCUCGUAUAUGCUUCGAGCUUUGGCUACGCAGACGCGGAAGCGGAGCUCAAAGUCACACCAUAUAACCGCUUCCGCCUUGCUAGCGUAUCCAAAAGCAUAACUGCCAUAGCUAUCAUGCGUCUUGUCGAAGAUGGCUCUCUCAGUCUUUCUGAUCGCGUUCUCGGUGAAGAUAGCAUUCUGGGACACCGCUACAGCCAGAAGACAUUCGAUAAAUGGGAAAGAAGCAUCACAGUACAGCAUCUCCUCGAGCACUCGCUUGGCUUCGUGGAUGAAGAUAUGUGCGGGACGGGUUGUGACCCCACAUACAUGGAGAAAUAUCUAACUCUCGAUCAAUGGCAGCUCGUUACUGCAUUGUUGGACGGGUAUACGCCGUCGCACGCUCCAGGCACAUUCCCAAGUUAUUCAAACUUCGGGUACUUCCUCGCAGGACGUGUCGUAGAAGCUGCAUCGGGAGUUGUACCGUACGCUGAGUACGUCAAGGAAUGUAUUCUGAAACCUAUGGGAAUAUUGAAUAUGACUCUAGCUGUCGACGAAAGGCAAAAACAUGAGGUAAAAUAUUACGAUUUCAAGGAACCAAAUCGUCCAUAUUCCUUCCAUGUUCACCGUCGGGACUCAGUCGGCGCGUGGAUCGGUACUCCAGUGGACCUCGUGAAGAUGCUGACAACUGUAAACGGUAUACCGGGCCGUGGUGAUUUCCUCAAUCAAACCACGAUCAGCACCAUGUUCACCAAGUCGAAAAUCACAAAAUCAAGCUACGCAAAGGGAUUCAAUGUCAGCUAUGAUGGAGAGGGGCUGAUUGAUGCGUACAAAGACGGCGGUUAUUGGGGGACAAGAAGCUUUGUGAACAUAAAUUUCCGCAACAAGACUACGUACGCAAUUGUGGUAAACUCUGAAAUGCCUCGGAAUGAAAAAUUCAAUGGAGGAAGAGAUUUAAAGACGCUGAUGGACAAUCUAACUUGGCCCAUAGAGAAGUGGCCAGGCUAUGAUCUUUUCCAUAAUUACCAAUGAAACCUUGACGAGGAUGGCA